CAUCCCUUCGCGCUGUCCUCUCGCCCAAAGCCCUAGCCCCUCGCGCCGCCGCCGCCGCCGCCGCCGCCACACCACCAGGCUGGAGCUCGCCGCUCGGGGCUAGAGGUGCUCGCCGCUCGCGACCAUGAAGUUCAACAUCGCGAACCCGACCACCGGGUGCCAGAAGAAGCUCGAGAUCGAUGACGAUCAGAAGCUGCGUGUCUUUUUUGACAAAAGGAUCUCCCAGGAGGUCAGUGGUGAUGCACUUGGUGAGGAAUUCAAGGGCUAUGUCUUUAAGAUCAUGGGUGGGUGUGACAAGCAAGGUUUCCCAAUGAAGCAAGGAGUGUUGACUCCUGGACGUGUUCGCCUUCUGCUUCACAGGGGCACUCCGUGCUUCCGUGGGUAUGGCAGGCGCAAUGGUGAGCGUAGGAGGAAGUCUGUCCGGGGUUGCAUUGUCAGCCAAGACCUGUCUGUCAUUAACUUGGUCAUUGUCAAGAAGGGUGAGAAUGACCUUCCAGGUCUGACUGACACUGAGAAGCCCAGGAUGAGGGGGCCCAAGAGAGCAUCCAAGAUCAGGAAGCUCUUCAACCUUUCCAAGGAUGAUGAUGUACGCAAGUAUGUCAACACAUACCGCAGGACAUUCACAACCAAGAGUGGCAAAAAGGUGAGCAAGGCCCCCAAGAUCCAGCGCCUGGUGACCCCACAGGUCCUCCAGAGGAAGCGUGCCAGGAUCGCAGAGAAGAAGAAGAGGAUUGCAAAGAAGCAGGCUGAGGCCGCAGAGUACCAGAAGCUGCUGGCACAGAGGCUCAAGGAGCAAAGGGAACGCAGGAGCGAGAGCCUUGCCAAGAGGAGGUCGAAGCUCUCUGCCGCUGCCAAGGCUUCGGCUGCCACAUCUGCCUAAGGAAUGGUUGCUUUGAGUUGAUUUAAGAAAGCCCCCCUACCUACCCAAGACAAUGUUAUAGCUGAAGAAAAGAACCCCAUGUGCUAUGUUUGAUAUGUUCGGAACCUCUACUUUCUAGCUUCAUCUGUGCAAUUUUGCGUGGACAUGAUGCUGGCUUGUCGAAAAUUUUUUGAGUACCUGUGAAUUGUUACGUUUGUAUUACCUUCCCUGACAAUAUAUAUCUUAAAAUCUUUAUGCAGGUA